CUGCAAUGAAUAUAAAUACUGCAAGUGGCCGCAUGUGAAAACAAUAAAUCGCCUAAUUUUCGUGCCCGAAAAUUUGGCCAAAAAAUUGCAAACACACAGAAAGAAGAAACUAAAAAACGCUGAAUUUCUAGAAUCACCAAAAAAAUAACGCCAUCCAAUUCGAAAAUGGAAUUUCAGGAGCACGACAUGGACUUAACCAGAGUCUAUGUGGUGCGCUCAGCUAAAGGGGUCGAUAUGCUAUGUGUGGACGACUAUCUGUAUCAUUUCGAUAGGAUUGGCAAGAACAACACAUACCGUUGGCUCUGCAAUCGUCGCAAGGAUAAAGCAGCGCCUUGCAAGUCCAGAAUUUCAUCCAUAUUGACCAAUCCGUUGGACAAGGCGACCCACAUGGUGGUCGAUGUUGCGAUGGCACACACACAUCCACGUUGCAGCGAUCAUGAGAUUACAAAAGUCUCCCAACGCAAACUGUUGGCCAAUACGGUGGAGAAGUUCUCAGUGCUGCAGCCGAAGCGAGCACGAAUCUAUGAACGUGCCACAGCUUCAAUGUUGCCACCAGAGUGGAUAACAACAAAGGCCGAAGAAGGAAAUGCAAAAAAUGCCGAAUUUUCCAUACAUUUGGACUUUGAGGACAAGGAUCGUGUGUACAUGCUGCACCGCCGGGAUGGUCGUGUGAUGGUCUGCAUAAAUGGUCAACUGUACUAUCUGGCUGGGAAAUCCAGCAAAACCGAUUCGUAUUUUUGGACAUGUGUGCGUCAAAAGGACAUAGACUGCACGGCCAAGAUAUGCACGGAGCCAACAGUCUUGGGUGCACAUCGUUUGCAUGACAUGGAAACAGAUGCGCAUAUACACCCGAAUUAUUCGGCCGCCAAGCUAAUGCACAUGUUUUCCAAGCAUCAAAUCGAAAUGGUCGACGAUGAGAGAAUUGUUGAGGUUCUUGAGGAGUGCCCCUACUUGGAGUACAUCGAGGAAAACGAGCACACAACAGCGGAUGAAACGAAAAAUGAGGAUGCCGAGUCGUUUAUUAUCGAAGACUGUGAGGAGAAUUUUGAAGAGUUUAUGGAUUUGGAUCCUGUCGUGAGCGAAUUUCAAUCAGUUAUAGCCACACAGGAGGACGAAACACCGACUUGGCCAAGUGCUACGGAUGUAAUUAAUAGUUAUGUCACCCCUGCGGAUUAUAAUCCAAUAAUCGAACGCGAUGUAACCAAAUUCACAUUUCUACCUUCGGCUAAAGGAAAAAAAGUUCUUUGUCUGAAUCGUCAUCUCUACCACUUUGAUUCGCAGAGUCGUGCCAACGGGCAUAUGUUCUUUACCUGCAUAAUGCGACGGGAUAAGCAUCAUUUCUGCCAUGUGCGCGUCACCAUAGAUCCCCGGGAAGACGGACCCGUCGUUACACGCAUCAAUGGAAAGCACACGCAUGCCCCCGACAUGCAGGAGAUCCUCAAACGCAUUAACCAUCAGAAGAAAUUGGACAAAAUGCAGGCAACUGGUGCUAGGCGUAAAAACAUGGAACAACGUGCUAUUAGGGAUGAACCAGAAUUUUAUGAAUUUUCUGAUGAAAAACGCAUGGAUAAUCAUAGUAGCGAUAGCAAUUGUGAUCAAUUAGACGACGAUAGUCAGCACACAAAAGCCAAAGCCAAUAUAGCGAUGAAAAAGGUUAUUGGCAUUGACGGCAUUAAAAUGGAGCCGCAGGCACACAACAAGGCGGCUCCCAUGAUUGUCGAAUAUAUGAAGGACAGUUCUGAUAAUAUAAGUGCUAAAAUAAAAAUUUUGCCCAAUGCCUUGGAAGGCAUGGACGCGGAAAUGGAAGCAGAGGUCGACGCAGAAUCAGACAAUGUAAGGCGACCGCCACAGCCACAAAUUACGAAUGAGAGGCGCCGCAAGGCACAGACCAUAUCACCACAAAUGCCUCAAUCAUCUGACAUGGAUUUAACCAAAAUUUGUAAGCUACGUUCGGCCAAAGGCAGGGAGUUGCUUUGCGUCGAUGGUUACAUCUAUCAUGCUAAAAAUCGUGGUCUCAUUUCCCGGAAUUACUGGGUUUGCAUCAAGAGUCGCGAUCCGGAAAUCAACUGCAAAAGUCGCAUCUCGACGGCCACACAAAAAAAUGGCACCAUACGAGUAUUACGCGUUUAUAAUUAUCAUAGCCAUCCAUACAGCGAAGAUGAUAUUAAGCGGCGCCUAUUUAAUGAGGUCAACAAGAAGAGCAAUAAGAAAUUAAAAUUUCGACCGCUGCAUUUCAUUGAGAAAUCUCUGGAACAAAUUAAACAAGAGUAUGGAGACUUGGCCAUUGAGCGGCUAAGCGUAUCUAAUCUAUCCGAUGAUAUUGUGGUGCACAAAAAACCGCGCACAAGUGGUGGAACCAAUUCGAGUGCUAAUAAUACCGGCAGUGCGGGUCCAGGCAGCGUGCUGUUCAGUCUAGAGGAACAGCAACAAUUGGAGGCAAACGAGGAACCUUUGGAUGAGCUUGCAGGGCAGGAUAUAGAAGAGGACUUCGUUGUCGAGGAGGAGGAGGAGGAAGCUGAAGAGCAAUAUAUAACCAUGGAGGAGUCAGAAAUGUCUGUCAUUAUGGACCAUACGGACAACAUUAUCGAGGUGGUCGAAGAAGUGGCCGACUUCGAAAGCUAUGCUGACCUUGAACCCAUUUAUACCAUGAAGCUCUAUGCUGUCUCCGAUGGACCGCCUUCGCUGGCCGUGCGCAUGACCCUGAAGGCGUUGGACAUACAAUAUCAACUCAUUAAUGUGGACUAUUGUGCAAUGGAACAUCGCAGCGAGGAAUAUGCCAAGAUGAACCCGCAAAAGGAAAUUCCUGUGCUGGAUGAUGAUGGCUUCUAUCUGUCGGAGAGCAUUGCCAUUAUGCAAUAUCUGUGCGAUAAAUAUGCUCCCAAUUCAGAGCUGUAUCCACAAGAGGUCAAUCAGCGUGCGCUGGUCAAUCAGCGUUUGUGUUUUAAUAUGGGCUUCUUCUACGCUCCCAUUUCAAUGCAUGCCAUGGCGCCCAUAUUUUAUGAUUACCAGCGCACCCCCAUGUCCCAGAAACGGGUGGAGAACGCCCUAGAAGUCUUGGAGACAUAUUUGCAACGCACGGGCACCAAAUAUGUAGCUGGCGAACAUGUUACUAUUGCAGAUUUUGCGCUUAUCUCGGCCACACUGUGCCUAGAGGCCAUAUCCUUUGAUUUAUCACCCUAUUCGCUGGUUCAGAAAUGGUACGCCACCUUCAAGGCUGAAUAUCCCGAGCUGUGGGAAAUCGCCAAUAGCGGCAUGCAAGAGAUACACGAAUUUGAACAAAAUCCCCCCGAUUUGUCGCAUGUCCACCACCCGUUUCAUCCAACACGAAAGCCCAAGGCUUAAGUUUUGACUAAAAAACACCCCGCUAGUUUUAAUUUAUAUUGUAUGCCUAGAAAAUAUGUAUAUAUAGAAUAUGCAAGCAAAUAAAUUACUUAUUACUCUUUAACCACA